AUGAAACUUCUUAAGGGCAUAUGGCUGCCCGCCCUCGCGGCGCUCGCGCCGUUCACCGCGGCGAAGAAAGAUGCGCCGCUUAUCGAGAAGACCGACUUUGCCAGCGAGCUCCUCAACAUCUUCUACUUUGACGAUUCCAAUGUCGCCAUGCUUGUGGAGCUCGACUCGGAGAAGGUUUUCCGCUCUACGGAUGCCGGGAAGUCGUGGGCGAAGGUCAAAGACGAUGGCAAGGACAUGCGGACAAUCGGCAUUAUCAGGAACCCUUUUGAUAAGAAUGUCGCCGUUGUGCUGGGAGAGACGGAACAUUACAUUACCUACGACCAGGGCGAGAAGUGGAAGAAAUUUAAGACGGACGAAACUCCCUCGCUGGGCAAUCCCCUGAGCUUCCACGCAUCAGACAACAAGAAGAUACUAUUCCAUGGUGGAGACGAUUGUCCCUUUUUCGGGGCAUGUCUUGGAAAGACUUUCGUUACGAAGGACGGCUUCGAAUCGCUCAAAAUUGCCCGCGAGAGCCGGAAGAUGUGCCUCUGGGCGAAGAGCACCGAGAACUUUGCCCUAGACGACGACUCGCUCGACGACCGGAUACUUUGUAUAGUGGCAGGGAAAUAUUCCCAACGUUCCAAGGAUUACAGAAUCAUGAUAUCUGACGACUACUUCAAGAACGAGGAUGAACCCGUCAUGUCCUCUGGUCGCACUGUGCAAGGUAUGACCAAUAUGGCUGCCGUGAAAGGUUAUUUCGUCGCGGCCGCCAAGGCUGAACACUCCAACGAACUGUCCAUGUACGUCACUGAUGAUACAAAGACAUGGCACCACGCAGAAUUUGGAGGAGGCAAGAUCGAGGAGGACGCCUACACCAUGCUCGAAUCCACGAACUACAGCAUUCAGGUCGAUGUGGUGACGAAUCCAUUUGCCUACAUGGGAUCGCUGUACACCAGCAAUUCUAAUGGAACGUACUUUACGAAAAAUGUCGACCACACGAACCGCAACGAGAUGGGUUAUGUAGACUUCGAAAAGGUGUCCAAUAUUCAAGGCAUAGUGCUCGUCAACAUUGUCGACAACGCGGAGGAUACGAACCCAAUGGCGCUCAAGAAGAUCAAGUCGCAAAUCAGCUUUGACGACGGAAGAACCUUUGACGACUUGAAAGUCAAGGACAAGGACGACAAGCUGCACUUGCAUUCGGUUACCAACUUGCAUAACAGUGGACGCGUCUUCUCCAGCCCAGCUCCGGGUAUCGUUAUGGGAGUUGGUAACACUGGCAAAUAUCUAGGCAAAUACACCGAUGGCGACUUAUAUGUCUCGGAUGAUGCAGGACUUACGUGGGAGCGAGCCCUAGAAGAUGCUCACAAGUACGAAUUCGGCGGCCAAGGUGCCGUGCUAGUCGCUGUUAACGACGAAGGCGACACCGACAAGAUCAUGUACUCACUCAAGCAUGGUCGCAAGGAUACCUGGAAGGAGAUUAAGGUCGAUUACAAGUUCCGUGCCCGAGAGCUUACGACUGUUUCCGAUUCGACAAGCUUGAAGUUCAUUCUCUACGUCUCCAGAAUCGAGGAGGGCGAAGGCAGGAAACAGUCCAUCAUCCACCUCGACUUCGCCGAAUUGCACGAGCGAGAAUGUGGAGACGAUGAUUUGGAAGACUGGUCUGCUCUCAAAGACGAGAAUGGUGACGCCAUGUGCGUUAUGGGUCACAAACAGAUCUUCAAACGUCGCAAGUGGGAUGCUGAAUGCUUCCUCAAGGAGAAUUUCAAGGAAGCCAAACCAGACUUCAAACCAUGCAAGUGCGACGAGGUCAGAGAUUACGAAUGUGAUUACAAUUUUGUGCCUGAAGGCAAAGGGAAGGACAAGAAAUGCAACCCUGCCGGCUCUCUGAAGCUACCCGAAGGUGCUUGCCAAGGCGAUACCAAAACGUACAAGGGUAGCUCUGGCUGGAGAAAAAUUCCUGGAAAUCAGUGCGAGGGUACUACUGACAGGGAGAAGGAUGUUGAGCGCGACUGUGACGACGCUUCGGAGCCUCCAGCUAGCGGAGACAUUAAGAACGAGAUCACAACGUUCCCAGGGUCCAAAUUCAAGGAAUACUAUUACCUUGAACGCCCCACGCAGGGUGGUGAAGAGAGCAAGGACAAGGAUGAAACUGUCGUCAUGCUUACAGAUGAAAACGAGGCUUACAUCUCGGACGACCAUGGCAAGAAAUGGAAGAAGGCAGUGGACGACAACAUCGUUGCUAUCUAUCCCCAUCAAUACAACAACGACCAUGUCUUCUUCCUUACCGCAACGAAGAAGUUCUAUUACUCGAAAGAUCGUGGUCUUAGGAACAGCAUCCACUCUUCGGAAGCCCCACAGAUGCCGACUUUGGAGGCUCAAAUUAUGCAAUUCCAUCCCGCCGAGUCUGAUUGGCUCAUUUGGGUCGGCGGCGAGCACUGCGAGAAGUCAAAUAACGCAGAAUGCCACACUGUGGCCUCGGUGUCUCAGAAGAACGGUGCAAAGGACACUUGGGAGACUCUCUUGCCCUACGUGAAGAAGUGCGCAUUCGUCUGGCGUGAAGCCGGUCGCAAGGUUGACAAGAAAGAGGUCUUCUGUGAGCAGCAUACAAACGAAGAAAUGGGUGCCCCUGUCGAGCUUAUCUCCAGCGAAGACUGGUUCAAGACCAAGGAAACGAAGUUCAAAUCGGUCGUCGAAUUUGCCACGAUGUCCGAAUUCAUCAUCGUCGCGACCAAGGGCGACGACGGUAAAUCUCUUAAGCUAGAUGCCAGUCUCGACGCAAAGACUUUUGCUGAGGCCAAAUUCCCGCCGAAGUUCGAAGUUGACCACCAGACCGCAUACACUGUCCUUGAUAGCUCCACGCAUUCAGUGUUUCUUCAUGUCACUGUGAACAGCCGCCUCGACCAAGAAUACGGCUCUAUCAUCAAGAGCAACAGCAAUGGAACCUCAUACGUCAUGAGCCUCAACGGUGUGAACAGGAACACACAAGGCUACGUUGACUUUGAGAAGAUGCAGGGCAUUGAGGGUGUCGCGGUUGCCAACAUCGUGGUCAAUGCUGACAAGGUCGACCAAGGCGAAAAGAAGAAGAAGCAGACACGAAUCACGCACAACGAUGGUGCUGAUUGGCAACCACUCACCCCCCCUGAAAAAGACUCAGACGACAAAAAAUACAAGUGCAAUGGGGAGGGCAUUACUAAAUGCGCGUUGCAUCUGCAUGGGUACACGGAACGCCCUGACCCUCGAGAGUCAUAUUCUUCUCCCACCGCUGUUGGUAUCAUGAUGGGUGUCGGAAAUGUUGGAGAGCAGCUCACCACGAUUGGCGAAGCGAGCACUUUCCUGACCACAGACGCUGGUCUUACCUGGAAGGAAGUCAAGAAAGGCAACUACGCGUGGGAGUUUGGCGACCAAGGUUCCGUCAUUGUCAUUGUUCGCAGGAAUGAAGACACCAACCAUCUAUACUACUCUCUGGACAAUGGCGAGACCCCCUUCAAGGAGCAUAAAUUCUCCGACAACAAACACAGGAUUGACGCCAUUAGUACGGUACCGAGCGACACUUCGCUGAACUUCUUGCUUUGGGGUAAAGAUGGAAAGAACCUGGUUGCGAUCAAUGUGGAUUUCAGCGGUCUAUUUUCCAAAAAGUGCGAGCUAUCCGAGAACGACCCGACCCAAGGCGACUAUGAGCUGUGGGAGCCACAGCACCCGAUGCAGGGAGGGGAUGACGACGCAUGCCUCUUCGGACAUGUAGCUCAGUAUCACCGGAAGAAGCGCGGUGUCAACUGCUACAAUGGUGAGCGCAUCGACCAUCUGCACAACAUCGCCCGGAACUGCUCCUGCACCCGGCAUGACUUUGAAUGUGAUUACAACUACGAACGUAAGCCCGGUGGCGAAUGCAAAUUGAUCGAGGGUCUCGAAAAACCAAACCCGCUGGCUGUGUGUGAAAAGGGAGCAGUAGAAUACUGGGACCCCACAGGCUAUCGCAAGGUUCCUGUAUCAACCUGUGAAGGUGGCAACGAGAUGGCGCGUACCGGCCAGGUGCACCCCUGCCCUGGUCACGAAGAGGAGUACGAGCGCAGACACGGCGUGUCUGGCUUUGUCAUCUUCCUCGCUGUCGUUCUACCUUUCGCGGCUGCCGGUGGUAUUGGGUACUAUGUCUGGCGCAACUGGGAUGGCAAGUUCGGACGGAUCAGGCUGGGCGACGGUACAAGUGCCUUUGACAGCGAUAGUCCGUGGGUCCAGUGGCCUGUUGCGGCAAUCUCUGGCUUGGUGGCUGUUGUGGCUGCAAUACCCCUACUUGUGGGUGCUGCUUGGAGAGCGGUGUCGAGCAGGUUCGGCGGCUACGGCGGACGCACGUACACGAGUCGCAGCUCCUUUGCCAGGGGAAGAGGAGAUUAUGCGGUUGUGGACGAAGACGAAGGGGAGCUGUUGGGUGAGGACAGCGACGAGGACGUGUAA